AUGGCUGAACGGCUACGGACUUUACAGUCGAGUAUCAAGUCAAGUCUCGAUGGCCUUUGGCUCAAUCGAGAGAAUGUCUCUAAGCCACCUAAGCCAGAAAGCGCCUACGAACGUUUAAUCUCCAAGGUCGCCGGUCCCGGGCCCGCCUUGCUCGUGAUAUCGGCGUGCAAGUACGCAUCUCACUUGCUUGAGGACUACCAAGCUACCUCAGGAUCUAACGAGAAGGCCUCUUCACAAGAGAGAGGCGUCGCGACACCGGCAUGCAAUACCAGCUUUUUAAGUAGCACCGCUCGGAAGGGUGCUGAGUCGCCGGAUUGUACUCGGUGGCCUCUCCAGGGCGAUAUCUCCGCCAGCAUCGCUCAACAACAACAACGAAUCAACGAUUAUGAUUGCGCCGCUCAAAUUGGCCAAAUGGGUUAUCUGGCUGAUUUUUUCAGUGGUGUGCGCGAGCCAAUACCACGAGUAGUGUUCGAGCGCGUACGACGUUUGAAGGACGCUCAACUUCAGCUCCCCGAGUUGCUCUUCGGCGAAGAGUCCCAACUUCUUGACUCUCUUCAGAGGGUCGGGGAAAUCACCCGGGAUAGCCACCAAUGGGCUUGGGCGGCAGAUGAGCGCUUAAUAUCGCAGCGGCAAGGAUGGGACACUCUCCUUUUGAUGCUGCUCUGCGUCAUCUUCCCCUGCGAUAAUCCAAGCAAGUGUUCCGCAAAGACGCGAAUUUCAGAGACUAAAGGCAGAGAAACACUACAGACCGUCCCGCCUUCUUUCCAUAAAACGAUUGCACGGGUGUCACUGGUGGCCGCAGACCUGGAUGGAGGCAAAGCGGCCAAGAAGCUCCGCGAGACUGUACCAAUACGCGAGUUUGUGCUAGAAUACUUCCACUAUCGCCGGAAGUAG